GACACUUUUCGCUGGAGACUCUGCAGGGACUGAGGACAGACUGUCAGCAGGUAAAGGACGAAAAGGAUGGCAACUGCUUCAGAUCAGAAUGUGGAGUUUGUGCGAACGGGCUACGGCAAGAACACUGUAAAGGUGCUGGUGAUCAAGAGACAAGGGAGCCACCACUACAUCAUCGAGCUGAAAGCAGACGUGGAGCUCACACUCAAGACACGCAAGGAUUAUUUACACGGAGACAACUCAGACAUCAUCCCCACCGACACCAUCAAGAACACUGUGCAUGCUCUGGCCAAGCUGAAGGGGGUGAAGACCAUCGAGCAGUUUUCUCUGGACAUCUGUAAUCAUUUCCUGACCUCUUUCAACCAUGUGCUGAGGGCCAGUGUUCACAUGGAGGAGGCUCCGUGGAGGAGGUUGGAGAAGAAUGGAGUCGAGCACGCUCAUGCAUUCAUCCUCAGCCCAGAUGCUCUUCGCUUCUGUGAUGUUGAACAGAAUCUGAAUGGCGUGCCCGUGGUUCACAGCGGGGUGAAGAGCAUGACGGUGUUGAAAACCACCCAGUCUGGUUUUGUUGGUUUCCUGCGAGACCGCUUCACUACCCUGCAAGAGGCAAAAGACAGAUGUUUCUGCACUUCUGUCUACGCUAGGUGGCGCUACAACACGGUUCAGGGUGUCGACUUCGAUGCUGCAUGGAAAUGUGUGAAGGAGACUAUCAUCGAGAAGUUUGCUGGCCCCUAUGAUAAGGGAGAGUUCUCCCCCUCUGUACAGAAGACCCUUUAUGAAACGCAGCGCCUGGUCCUGGAUAGAGUUCUUGAGGUGGAUGAAAUAGAGAUUGUCAUGCCAAACCAGCAUUACUUCACCAUAGACAUGACAAAAAUGGGCCUCAGCAACAAAGAUGAAGUGCUUCUUGCGCUGGACAAUCCAUCAGGCAACAUCACAGGGACAGUACGCAGGAAGCCACAAGCCAAGCUGUGAAGUCCCCGACACAAAGCACUGCUACUGCACAAAUCAAUCUGAACAAACUGAUUCAACGGAAAAAGCAAAAGUGACAUGGUCAUGUCGAUCAGAUCAAGUUAUGGGAACAAAAAUCCCCUCUUAAUUAUUCUGCCAGAAUUACGUCUACUCAAAUGUUAUAACCAUGUAGUGUGAAUAAAAGCUGAGAUAUAGGGA